AUGUCGAAUUUAGCAAGUCAAACAAUUCGAGUUCUUGAUUGUUAUGAAGGUCGUGAUGCUGCUAUUACGUUUACACUUUAUUUUUGUUGUUUAUUGAGUGGUUUUUAUUCGCAUGAAUCAAAUUUACAUCAAUCUUUACGACGAAUAUAUAAACGUUUAGAAGAUUGUCGCGUUGUCUUACGUCUUUAUGAUGAUUUAACAAUUCUUCGAGAUUUUCUUACUUAUGAAUUAAGACCUGGUGAACGAAAUCGGAUAGUUCGUUUUUUAAAAUAUUUACAUUAUCUUUCAUGGCUUGGUUAUUAUCCAUCUGAACAUAUUAAUUGGCUUGGCGAAAUGAAUAUGAUUGAUGUUGAUCAAAACUUAUGGGACUUCUUGACGAAUUUUUUCUGGGCGUCAGCAUUAAUUACUUCUGCAUUUUGGAAAAAAUCCUUUAUUCCAUGGACAACUGCUCGUAAUGCUAUGUUAGCAACCGUUCGUGAUGGUACUGAGUUUAUGGUUGCUGUUAAUAAUUUACCUCAAGGAUAUUUAUGGGCAUCAACAUUGACAUUUAUUCAAGUGGGCAUGUUUGGUAUUUGUUCCGCUUUCUUACGUCUGUUUGCACUUUUCAAAUUUCCUCCUAAUCAAUGA